AUGGCGUGGGCGUCGCGGCGCAGUUCUGCCGUCCAGCCGGCAUCGCCAUCAGCCCCGACGGGAGUGCACUGUUUGUACCUCGACAACCGCAAGAUCCGGCGGGUGGAGGUGGCGACGGGCGCUGUGACGACGCUCGCGGGCAGUGGCACCAGUGGCAGCGCUGAUGGCGUGGGCGACGCGGCGGGGCAGUUCUACUGCCCAAUUGGCAUCGCCAUCAGCCCAGACGGGGGCGCCCUGUUUGUGGCGGACCAUGACAACCACAAGAUGCCGACGACCCUCGGGAUCCGAGCUCGGAAUGCGACCUGCACCGAGCUGACAGCCGCGUCAACCUCGGACGCCCGAGACUGCGCCGUGUUUGUCGACGGCGAGGAGCUCCCGUCCACCAGCAAGCCUGGCGGCGACGGUACCGCGGCAUCAAACAUCUACAUUGAGGUCGAUCUCUCGACACAGGCCGCCGAGACGGCCGCACGCAGACGCGAUCCCUUCCCGGGGCAGCUGGACGCCGCGCCUACGGCAGGCUACACGACCGUCCGCGGCGUGCUCUCGAGCAGGUACAUGCUCUCGCAGGUCCUCUUCAACAUGGUUGGCUCGGCCACCGGGCCUCUGCUGUGCUUCUACCUCCUCUUUGGUGUCAUAUCCACGGGCCCGUACAGCUGGGACGCGCCCGAGGUCAUCGGGCCGAUCCUGGGCUCGCCCUUCUUCGCCUCCUUCCUAUGCCCGCUGCUUGCGCCGGCCGGCCUCCCCGAGGCGACGGCCUGGGGCUUUGCCAAGGUCCCUCUCACCGCAACCGCGCGCUACGCGCGCCUCUUCCCGUUCCUGGGCACGCACCCCGCCUGGCGGCACUCGCUGCUGCGGCACAUGCUUGUCGGCGCGCAGGUGUCGGUCCUCGCCUGGCCGACGGCGCUGCUCUUUGCGCGCUUCGUCCUCGGCCCGACUCUCUCCACCUGGACGCAGAUCCUGGGCGGCGUCGGCUACUGCGUGCUGCUCGCGCCGCCCAUCACGCUGCUCGCGCUGCUCUCGCUCGCGGUGGAGCCGCAUUAUGCGCGCGCCGUCGACGGACUCUCCUUCGACCCGAGCCCGUGCAGGCGGCUCUGGCUGCGGGUGGGCUGGUGCCUUCGCCUGAUCUGGUGA